GUAGUAGGAACUUGAUUGAACAGUUUAGGUUUUAAAGGUAUUUGGAAACCUUCUAGGGAAAUUUUAUUUACUUAAAAAUAUUCUAGUUCCCACUACGUGCCAAGCACCAGGGAUACAGUCAUCAGUAAAAUGGAUAUGAUCCCUGUCUUCCUUGAGUUUACAAUAGUUAGGAAAGACAUAUUAAACCAAAAAUUGCACAAAUAACCUUAACUGUGUGAAGUGCUUUGAAAGUAAAGUAGCAGGCUCCGUGUAACAGGCGAAUUUAAUCUAGUGCAGGAAGUCUUGGGUAAUGAUUUAGUUGUCACAACCAGAUUUUUCUCCAAAAGGUUUCCGGCUAUCAUGCUUUAAUGGUUUCUGACCUAUGUUUAACUUGUUAUAGUAAAAUCCCAAGUCUUACCUGAGUAACUUUCAUCCUUUCUAGAAAAGAUUCUGGUUGUGAUCAGUCACUAGCAGUUAUGGACUUAACAUCAAUAGUAGUCACUCCUAAAUCAGCAGGUCAUUUCGCCCUGACAUGGUACUAAAUCCCCAACAGCAUUCUUGACUCCAUUUUCUGGAUGUGUCCUGGACACCUCAAGCCACCUGCCAUACCUUCCCUUCCUGCAAGAACAAAACAGUUAUUCCUUCUCCACCAGGCUACCCUAUCCAUGUUCUUUCUUUCAGUCAAUCAGAUGAACAAAUCAAAACAGCAUUAGAUAAUAUUUUUCUAAAAAUUAUUUGUCAUAAUUGACCCUUUAUCUCCUUCCUUACUAUGCCCCUCCCCUCCUCUCAGUGCAAACCUUCUUUUGGAUUCUUACUGUCUGUGUAACUGAUCUCACAAUUUAUAUUAUACUCUUGUGUGUGAACUACCUUUUUGGGGAAUAGACCAUACAUUUUAUAUUUUCAUAUCUCUUUGCUGACUAGUCAGCAGGUACCAGUCAGCAAAUAAUGGGUUUGAUAACAUGUCACAUAGGCAAUGGCACAGCAAGCUACUGUUUACAAAGCACUUAGGAAAUUAUACCAUUUGUUCCUCAUAUAAAUCUUGUGAAGGAGGUGGAAUCCCUAUCUGUAAACAGAUGAGCAAAAUGAGGCUCAAAUAUGUCAAAAGCUUUCCCAAAGAUCACAACUUCUAAACAAUAGUGACGUUAUGAAAAAGAGAAUGCUACAAAAUGAUCCAGUGAUAACCUCCCUCCACGUUUACCAAGUAAACUAUUCGCUCUUUGGGAAAGCCCUCUUUAAAUCCUAUCUUCUCAUAUCUCCACUUAACCUCAGUUUUCUCCGUUGAAGUGUGAAAGUAAUUGCUGUCCAUUCCAUGAAUUGUUGGAAACGUUCUAUAACACUGUCCAAGAGGGUAGCCAGUAGCCACCACAUGUGGCUACUUAAGUUUAAUUAAAAUGAAAUAAAAUGUAAAAUUCAGUUCCUCAGCCACAUUGCAAGUGACAAGUGGCUACCAUGUUGGACAGAACACAUACAGAACAUUUCCAUUAUUGCAGAAAGUUCUGUUGGCCAGGGCUGUGCUAAAGCUAGGACUUGCCAAAGGUCAGAGAGAGCAGUAUGACGGAACUGAAAACCCAGGCCAGGGCCUGGCAGGUUUUGAGUGAGAAGAGUCAGUGAGUAAGUGGGAAGCAAGCUGGCCUUUGGCACAGUGAUGUCACAAAGCACAGCUCACAAUGGCUCCAGAACACCUACACUCCCAGACCACCCUCCCUAACUCAUAUCUGGCUUCCUGAUGCCUCUGCAUAUGUAGUUCUCAGAGCUGCUAUUUUAUUAAAAAUGUCAUCUUUAUCUUCAUCUUCUAUCUGGAACAUCAUCAUAGAUUCUCUCUCUCUGAGCUCGAUAUGGAAUUAUCUACAAGCAAUUCUUCUGGGAGAGACUAGUGCGCCUCAGCAAACAAAUCUGGGGCUACUGGAUAAUCUUGCUCCGGCUGUGCAAGUUGUCCUAGGGAUUUCCUUUUUGAUUUUGUUGGGAAUAGGAAUAUAUGCCUUAUGGAAAAGAAGUGUUCAGUCAAUUCAGAAAAUAGUGUUGUUUGCAGUCACACUCUACAGACUUUACAAGCAGGGCUCAGAAUUUUUUCAGGCUUUGCUGGUCAACCCAGAAGGGACUGGUUUCCCAGUUCAAGACAAAAAUAUCUUCCUAUCCUUGGGUCUGCAAGAGAAAAUUCUGAAAAAACUUCAGACGGUGGAAAACAAAGUGAAGGACCUGGAGGGAAUGAUCAUUUCCCAAAAACCUGCCACGAAGAGGGACUGCUCCUCUGAGCCCUACUGCAGCUGCUCGUACUGCCAGAGCCCCUUGCCUACAUCAGGGUUUACAUCUACAUCUGAACUGUGAUGGAUCCAAUCUUUUCCAGAAAAGCACUUUUCCCCGCCUCAUGUGUCCAGUGGUAUAUCAAUAAAGGUAGAAAACUAUAUUGAAA